UGCUUUUAUAUCUAUACACUGACUGCUUUUCCAUUCAAUCAUUUAUCUCCCCUCUCAAACAACAUUCUCAUUUUAUAAUGCCUGAAUGAACUGGCAGCAUCUUUGCUUGGAUUAUAAGUUCCUUUUUAAGCUAGCGCUCCAACUUUAUUGUCCACUUAGGAAUUAAGGGCUAAGGUAGCUUUCUCACCUUUUUUUGUUGUUGCUGAGGCAGAGUUUGCCAAAAAUGGGAAGACAACCUUGUUGUGAUAAGGUCGGAUUGAAACGAGGUCCAUGGACAAUUGAGGAAGAUCACAAACUCAUGAACUUUAUUCUCAACAAUGGUAUCCAUUGCUGGCGAAUGGUUCCUAAGCUUGCAGGAUUGCUUAGAUGUGGGAAAAGCUGCAGAUUAAGAUGGAUCAAUUAUUUAAGGCCAGACCUCAAAAGAGGUGCUUUUACAGAAACAGAAGAGAAUCAAAUCAUUCAACUCCAUACAUGUCUUGGCAACAGGUGGUCUAAGAUUGCUUCCCAUUUUCCUGGUCGCACAGAUAAUGAAAUCAAGAACCAUUGGAAUACCAGAAUCAAGAAGAGGUUAAAGCACCUUGGUGUAGACCCUUUGACUCACAAACCCAUUGAGCAGAAAGAAAACAUUGAAGAAAAUAAACAGACAAUUACUCGAGAAGAUUCAAGCUCAUCAAUAUCACAAGGACAAGAAGAGUCACAAGACAGUGGCUUGGAGGCUAAGCUACAGCAGGAUGGUAAUGGCAAUAAAGGGUUUCCAGAAUUCAAUGACAAAUUGCAAAAUGUACCAGAGUUAGCAGGUUUCGAUGAGACGAACGAUCUUUUGAAAAAUUACGAAAUGUUUUGUGGAAGCUUGGAUUUGGGAACAUUCCUGCUGAACCAAGGAACCAAUACCAACAACACCAGCACUUCGAAUUCAUAUAGCACUUCUUCAUUCUCUGUGGAAGAGUCUAACAACCCUUCGAUUUCGAUAGGCGAAUCAAUUCAAGAACACUCUCUGCAGAAAUGGGUGGACAGUGUGGAUUCAAUGCUCUCAUGGGAUGGCUUCAAUAAUCUGGAACAAGACCUUUUCUUCUUUUAAAAAUUUCCAUUCAUUGAAGAUUAUUAAGUGCCUUUGAGUUAAAUCAGACGAGAAGAUGAAUUUGAUUUUGAUUGA